AUGUUAAAUUAUUAAGGCUAAGUGUAAAAUAUAAUUUUUAUUAAUGGUUAAAAACUUGGAGAAGGAACAGAAGGUAUUGUGUUUAAGGGACAAAAUAAGUAAACAAAUGAAAUUGUGGCUAUUAAAGAAUACAAAAAAUCAAUCAAUCAAAAUGAAUUAAAAGCAAUUUAAGCAAUUUAUGCAAAGAAUUUCAGCCAUAUAAUUGGGAUAAAAGCAGUAUAAUAAAAUUAGAAUUCUGUUCCAAUAAUUAUUUUGGAGUUUGCUAAUGGAGAAUUCUACAAAUAUAUGUAAACAUAAGAUUAUUACAGAUUAACAUAUGAUCAAAAAAAUUAAUAUUUUAUAUAAGUAAUAGAACAAUAUUAUUUUAUUUAAGAUGGUGUAAGGUGUUGAUUAACUUCAUGAUUUGGGAUUAUUUCAUAGAGAUUUAAAACCAGAAAACUUUGUAUAUAUUAAUUAGCCAAACAAUCAAAAAAUUAUUAAAUUGAUUGACUUUGGUUUAGUUAAAGAAACUGGAAAUUUUAUGGCAAAGACCGCUUGCGUUGGAGUACCUUAUUAUAUAGCACCAGAGGUUUUAAAUAUAAAAGACUGUUUUUAUGAUAAAUCAGUUGAUAUUUGGUCUUUGGGAGCCAUUUGGUAUGAAAUCUUGACAGGAUAAACAUUAUUUAAUGGUAAUUUUAAUUUAUAAUCUUAGGUAAUA